CACUUUCUUUUGCACAAUGGCGCUGUGUUUGCCAGAUCACCAGAAGCAUAGCUGCACUGUCCCUCCCAUGACAAGCAAAAUGAUGAAAGUCUUGAACGACUUCCUCAAGAAAAUGAAAAGACCACUUAUGAAAGAGCUGGUGGAGAAGCGAUCAUCUUCGAUCGAGAGUGUUUUGGGUCAGGAGUAUGGGAUUUCCUUCAGCAACGACGAUAGGUUUCUGCGAAGCACUGAAUUUAGAAGGCGCCCUCCUGAGGUGCUAUUCAAUGCAGUGCAAGAGCUGAAAUCGGGGCAUCAAAAUCCUCAAUUCAUGUCCGAUGCCUUUUCUGUCGCGCACGGGCUGAUGGACACAACUAAUGAGAUCAACAGUCUCCAACGAGGUGGUGAUGCGGAAUUUCGUGUUGCACAAGCAAUCCUCUUACAACUCGUGGCCAAUUUUUUGGGUGCCAAUGCUGUGACUCCCGGCAGGUAUCACUUGGAUGAGCACAGGUUCAUUUUUGUGGUUUCCUGCGGCUUGCACUUUCUUGCAAUCCCCAUUUACCUUGGUGAGACCAUUGAAGUGUCAGAGCCUCGAGAAUAUCUCAUUUUCCCUAAGCCCAACACUGACAGAUACCGUAGCACCAUCACUGUGACUUCUGUGAACAGUGGUGCUGCUGGCUCAGAAUUCUUGUGUGAGGGUGCUCACAUUAUCAUUUCAUGUGUCCAUCCACACAUCGACAUGGCUGCUGGAUCGGCCAGCCCAGCUUUCGCAGCACAACUACUGCAAUGGUUCAUUGCAGCCCCAAGUGCCGAGGAUGUUCAACGGUACCUGGCUGCGGCUCAACAGAAACGGCCCGUGAUUUUUUUGAGGCGAAACUUGGGCUUGACACAUCCAGAGUUGCCGUUCCACGAGUCCAGCAAUGUGGUCUUUUUGAGCUCGCCGGAUGAUGUGCACCAGGUCCUCGAACUGGCAGAUCAGAUUCCAUGUGGCUUGAGCCGACAUUUCUUGGACUUCCAAACUGGCAUGGUUCCAUUUACUUUCCCUCCUGCCAUUGAUGAUUGGGAUCAGCGGAUGCAAAACAAUGUGAUGCAAACAGGGCUUCCCUUCUUAGACCAGGAAGAGGCUGCCAGCUACUUUUUCGAGAAACUUGAGGAGGUUGAAUUAGACCUGUCUGAGCUAGAGGAAAAUGUGAUUCAAGAGGUUUCCGUCGUUGACGAAGACGAUCUUAUUGCCAACGCGAAGCGUUUGGCCAGAGAUGCACUCCUGUGCUUGCAGCGUCAUCAUGUUGCUGUCUGUUGGGUGUCCGAGAUUGUGAAUGAAAUCGUUGAGUUGGCAGCCUAUGAGGGUCGCAUCAAGCAAGAGCAAGAGGAAAUCAGCAAACGGUGGGACGUGCAGCCUGCGAAGAAGAACCGUCACGCUGCCAAGAGGGAGAGGAAGAAACAAGACCAGCAAGCUUUGCCGAUGGAAGCCAAAGUUCAAUCUGAACCACCAUCUGCAACCCAGCGACUGCGAGGGAUCCUGAAUGACUUCACCAACAAGGUCUUCAAGUAUCAACACUACCGGAAGGCAUUCCACGCUCUCCAGUCGACUGGCCUCUUAGCGCAUAUCGGUUCUGAGAUGGUACAUGGAUCGCACCAUGUGCUGCACGGAAAUGGGAUGAACAGUGUGACCAUGGUGAGGCCACACGGAAGUUCUUCUGAGCAUCCUCGGCAUCAAUUCAAGCGCAGCCUCAUGAGCAUCGCAUCAGCGCAAGCACAAGCUAGCGCUUCAUGCAGGCUCGGCGAGUAGACCGAUUUGGUGGACAGAUGAAAAGGGAA